AUGGCCAAUAGUAUGGAAGAGUCUAAAAAGGCAUUCUUAAUAAAAUCUGCGGAAAAAUUAACGGAGCAAAUACAAAGUAUGGCUAAUUAUAAGAGCCUUUACACUGAAAUUCAGAAACUUGUUGCUUCUACUGCAGUAAAAAGGGAAGAUUUUAAAGACACGUUGCUAGAUGCGUUAAAAAGUAAUGGUUUAGAAACGGAAAUUAGAAAUACGGUAUUUCACUGGGCUAGAUCGCAAGGAUCUUUAUCUAGUGUAUCAGAACAACUCACAGAAGAAGUAGAUUUAACUUAUUUAAAAAAAGCUCAAAUUCAAUGGGAACGUAGAAUACAAAAAUCAUUAAAUUCAACAUGCAAUGAAUUAAAUGUGCCAUUGGCACGCAUAAGACCAAAUGCAGAUCGUGAAGAACUUUCUGAAAAAUGGAACGAAUUGAGUACUUACGAUAUCGAUCUAUCACAAUAUAGACCACUUUACGCCCCAAAAGACUUCCUGGAUGUACUAUUUUCGAUCCGAAAUCCUUCCUUCAAGAAACAACCAGACGAAUUAAAUUGGGAAUUUAGUCACAUACAAAUUCGUGUAAAAACACUCACGUAUCUGAGACGUUUAUAUGUGGAAUUAGCAAAGGGUAUGUCAUUAUUAGGAGUGAAUCCCGAAAUGCCAAGUUCGGAGAAUUUUGCAAAUUUAGAGGAAGAAAGGAUUUACAUAGGUGAAAAAGUUCUAAAAUCGAAUCACGCCCCGAUCGCGCAAGAAUUUCUAAAACGUGGAGCACCUCGAGCUCUUCGUGGACAGCUUUGGUCUCUUGUACUAGGAUCCACAGUAAAAGAAAAUGAUCUAGAAUAUUACGAAGAAUUAAAAAAUAUGGUGUUACAGUAUGAUAUCGUUAUAGAUAAAUUGAUAAUAAAGGAUGUACAGCUAACAGCACGAAACGACGAUCAAUAUUUUGUAUUUGAGGACGUUUUAUAUAAAACGAUGUUAUGCUUUUCCCGAGAUUCGGAAGUAUUAGCCCCAGUUACAACUGAUAGAAGUGCUGGAGGUCAAGUAAUACAUGCUGUACUUCAAGGAAAACCAGCCACUUUAGAAAAUACACUAGUUUUUCCACCGAGUGGUGUGAUUCCAUUUCAUGGCUUCACCAUGUAUGCUACCCCAUUUUGUUAUCUAUACGAUAAUCCAUGUGCAAUGUAUUACACGUUUCGAGCUUUUUAUUUACGAUAUUGGUUUCGAUUGCACACUGUUUCUAGUCAUGAACAAGGUAUCGUAGCAUUGUGUUUGCUUUUUGAGAGAUUAUUACAGUGUCAUGAACCUUUGCUUUGGAUUCAUUUUAGAAACAUUCACAUACAACCGGUAAAAAUUGUUUUUAAAUGGAUCAUGAGAGGUUUUAGUGGCCAUUUACCACCAGAACAGUUACUUUAUCUCUGGGACUUAAUUUUAGGAUAUGAUUCGCUAGAAAUUAUUCCUUUACUCGCGGUCACUAUAUUAAGUUUCCGAAAAGAAAAUUUAAUGCAAGUCAAUAAUCAACAGUGUGUUGAGGCUGUUUUAGCAGACUUAUCGUCCUUAAAGGUUGUUCCAUUAGUGCAAUUAGCUUUAUUAAGAGAAUAA